AUGUCAACAGAAGUCGCUCCUCCAAUUACUGAAUCCUCAAAUACGAAUGAUGAAGGCGAGAAACCUGAUAGUAUAAGUUUCUCGCCAAAAGAUCAUAUUAAAACCUUAACUAUGGCAGACUGUAAAAAGGCUGCCAUCACGUUAUUUGAAGCAUUCCGUAGUGAUGAUCUCGCCAAUAUGUUAACCUCGCAUAUGGAAGAUCAAAGGAGGAGGGACAAAAUCGAACUUAAACUUUAUGAAGCUUAUGUUGCUCAACAUAUUUAUAAAGGUUUAUGUUUAGGUAUGGGUGAAACUGAAGACCGUUUUGAAUCAGUUGCAGUCUGGGCAUUACCAGACUCUGAACAUAGCGGUAUUGAAUCAUGUGCGACUUUAAUGGAGUCGGGAUUCUACAAGGUUUGGCUUGCUUGUGAUGAGGGAGCCAGACAAAAGAUCUUCAAGGGAAUGAUGCCACUUUUAACUGACACGUAUGAACGUAUUUUAAGUACUGACACUCGUUUUAUCGGUAAGAAUGUGUACACUUUAGUCUACCUUGGAUCUAUUAAAGCAGCUAGAGGAAAGGGUAACUCUAGAAAGAUGUUCCAAUAUAUGUUUGAUAACUAUAUUGAUGCAUCGCCAAAUAACAUUGGUUACUUGGAAUCUUCAAGUGUCAACAAUAUUCCAAUUUAUAACAAGUUUGAUUUCAAAUGUUAUGAAGAUAUUGUACUUGGUAACACCAUUGAUGGUGUUGCAGGAAAAGAUUACGCAGUAAUGAAUGUUAUGAUUAGGGGGUCAUUUGGUCACGACUGGACCAAUGACGAAAAUUUGAAUAACUCAACUAAGGGCAAGUUGUAG